GUGAAAUAUUUAUCAUUUCACAAGAAACCUUUAAUUAGUAAACAAGCGUGGAAUUUACAGUUAAUAUUUUUGAAACAUCAUGAAAAUUGCCGUGGAAGGCUGUGCUCAUGGGGAUUUAGAAAAAAUAUAUGAUUCUAUACACGUUAUAGAACAAACCGAAGGAAUAAAAGUUGAUCUACUGAUUUGUUGUGGUGAUUUCCAAUCUUCAAGAAAUAAAGAUGAUCUUAUGUGUAUGGCAGUGCCUCCGAAAUAUCAACGUAUUUGUACAUUUUAUAAAUAUUAUUCUGGUGAAUUAUUAGCACCUGUGCUCACUAUAUUCAUAGGAGGAAAUCACGAAGCUUCAAAUUAUUUACAAGAGCUCCCGUAUGGUGGUUGGGUUGCUCCUAAUAUUUAUUAUUUAGGUUAUGCUGGAGUUAUUAAUAUUGGAGGUGUGAGGAUAGGAGGUCUUUCUGGUAUUUAUAAAAGCGCUGAUUACAUGAAAGGUCAUUUUGAGAAACCUCCUUACAGCGAACAGUCAAAAAGGAGUGUAUAUCAUAUAAGAAAUUUAGAAGUAUUUAGACUGAAGCAACUUUCGGGAAAAAUUGAUAUUAUGUUAUCUCAUGACUGGCCCAGUGAUGUGUAUAAAUACGGAAAUGUUAAACAGCUAUUAAAGAAAAAACCUCAUUUUAAGGAGGAUAUUGAAAAAGAAGAAUUAGGUAGCAAACCUGGUAGUGAUUUGAUGUAUUUUUUAAAACCAUCCUACUGGUUCUCGGCCCAUCUCCACUGUAAAUAUUCUGCAAUUGUUAGACAUCAAGAUGAUUCAGUUACAAGGUUUCUAUCAUUGGAUAAAUGUCUUCCGAAAAGGAAGUUUUUACAAAUAUUCGAUUUUCCACAUGAUAAUUCAAAAUUCCAAUUGAGUUAUGAUUUAGAAUGGUUAACAAUAUUGUACUUGACGAAUCAUUUAUUAUCCGUUAAAAAUACAAUUACAUACAUGCCUGGAGCUGGUGGUAAUGAAAGGUAUGAAUUUACUCCUUCUGAAAAUGAAAAGGCUCAUGUUUUAGAGAGGCUGAACGGAAAUCUGGUAAUUCCGAAAAUAUUUUCGAAAACUGCUCCAGCGUUCGAUCCAAACUUUCAGUCUAAUAAACCCAGACAACCAGAACCUAUACUGAAUCCUCAAACAGUCAGUUUAUGUGAGAUGUUAUGUAUAGACGAUCCUUUAACAAAAGUAUCCAAAAUCGAUGGGACUCAUGAUCAAUUGAAUUCGAGCAUCGAUUUAAAUUCUACCAUCAGUUUUUUAGAUGAUAGUAUUGAAAGUAACUCUCCUUGUAGUACGCCAGUGAAAAAGAUGAUUCUUCCUGAUCCGAAAUCAUGUGAAAGUUCACAGGACGUUUGUGUGGAGCCGGAAAUUGAUCAGGAUGGGAAUAGUACCGAAUCUAGUUUGAACGAAAGUCCGGAAAAUGUUCCUGCAGUCAAUAUUGAUAAAUCUGUUGAUAAUGUUGAAGAUUCUUGCUCGCCUUCAACAAAAAAACGCAAGAAAAGAAAUAUAGAAAUGUAUGAAUCUGUAUAGUAAUUAUGUACUUGUAAAUUGUAAUUAUGUAUACAUAUCUUUAUAAAUAAAUUUAAUUUAAGAAAA